UUGAUGAUAAAAUUAUGGACAGACCAAAAAUUGAAUUAUCACUUCCAGCAUCACCUCAUUAUGUUAAACGUCAAGAUUCAGGUGUACCUGAUGAUUUAUCAACACCAUCAGACAAAGAAUUAUCAGAACAACAUGAUGAUGAUGAUCAAAAUAUAACAAUAAAUAAUGAUUGUGCAUUAACAAUUAUAAAUACAGCUGAUAAUAUAUUAUCAUCAUAUAAUAAAGACGGUAGUGAUUCAGGUGUUGAAGGAUGUACUGUUGAAAUAGCUCGGAUAAAUGGCUGUCGAGGUAGUUGUAAUGGUCUUGAUGAGGCAAGUUGUGAUUCAAGCUUAGUAAGUUGUUGUUCAGUUUAUGAAGAUCCAUGUGCCAUAUUAAAUGAUGAUACACCACAAACACCAAGUAAUGGAUUAUCAUUAACAACAACAACAACAUCAAAUACAUCAUCACGUAAUAAUAAUGAAGGUAUUGCCAGUUCAAAUUCAUCAUUAGCUGGUUCAUCAACAUGUGUAAAAUUAAAUAAAAAUACUGAUAAACGUCCACCAAUAUCAUCAUCAUCAUCUUCAUCAUCAUUAACAACAACAACAACAACAACAGCAGCAGCAACAACUGGUACUAAAAAAAAACCAAGUAAAAUUGAUUUAUCAAUAAAAUUGACAUCAAAAAAUAAUAAUCAAAUACAAAAUAAUGAUAAUAAUAAUACACCACGUAUUAAAACACGUACAUCAACAAUAAAUCGUAUAACACAAAUGAAAAAUAAUCAGCCAAUUGAUAAAAAAUCAAUAAGAGAUAAAUCAUUAAUACGUGAUGAUAGUAAAAAACAAUUAAAUAAUAAUGUAACAACAAAUUUAAAUAAAAUAAAAAUAAGAACACGUACAAUACCAGAUUCAUUAACAUUAUCAAGUACAUCAGCAUUAGCUAAAGAAAUUGAUAAAGAUUUAUCACAACGUUCAUCAUCAUCAUCAGUACGUUCAGUAUCAUCAAAUGUAUCAUCAAAAUAUUCAUCAACAACAAUAACAAGAGGACGUUCAAUUGUUGAUGAAACACGUAAACAAUUAUUAACAAAAAAAACAAUAAAUGAUAAUAAAAAUACAAUUGAUACAUAUGCAACAUUACCAAGAAGAAAUAUAAAAAAAUUAAAUGAUAAUAAUAAAAAAAUAAUAAAUAAUAAAAAUAAUGAAAAAAUUAAAAUAUAUCAUGAAAUAAGUUGUCAAACUGGAUUAACAAGUGAUGAUAUUGAUAAUAUAUUUGCUGGUAAUCCAGUAUUUGUAUCACCAAAUAAACCAGAUUAUAAAAAUAUUGAUAUACAAACAGAUAUUAAUAUACAAACAAUUGAUGAUUAUAAUAAAUUAAAAUUAAAAUAUAAUGAAUUAAAUAAUGAUAAUGAAAUGUUAAAAUUAAAAUUACAAAAUAUUGAAAGACAACUUGAAAAUGAAAAACUUAAUAAUAAAUUUAUCAAUGAUAAACUUGAAAAAAAUAGUUUAAAAAUUAUGAAUAUAUUAGGUUUAACAAAUGAUAAUGAUAAUGAUAAUUUUAAUAAACUUGAAUGUCAUAUACAUGAAUCAGAACAAAUUGUUGAAAAACAAAAAUUAGAAAUUAAUAAUUUAAAAUCAUUAUGUAUGCUAUUAAAUAAUAAUUUAGAAAAAAAUAUAAAUGAACAAAAAUUAUUAUUAAAACAUCAACAAGAUGUUGAAUAUGAAACAAUGGAAUUAAAAGAAUUUUUACAAAUUGAAAAAACAACAAUGAAUGAAGCUAUGAAAGAUAUUGAAAAUGAAUUAGCUGAAAAAAAUUUAAUAAUUAAUAAAUUAAAUACUGAUAUAUUAUUGAAUAAUAAUGAAUUAAAAAAAUAUCAAAAUAUAUCAGAAAAAUAUAAAAAUGAAAAUUUAACAUUAUUAUUAAAAUUAAAAACAUUUGAUUAUAAAUUUCGUGAAUUAUUAUUAACACAAGGUGCUGCUGUAUCUGGUGCAUCAGUUGCUUUAAAUGGUCUUGGUACAAGAAUACAUGGUUUAAUUGAACAAUUAAUUAAAUCAUAUAAUAUAUCAGAAAAAGAUUUAGAAGAUGUUAUUUAUCAUAAUGAAGCAUAUUGUAAAUCAAAUAGUAGCAAUGAAUCAUCACCAGUAUCAUCAACAACAACACCAUCAAUAACAGCAACAACAACAACAACAACAACAGCAAGCAAAAAUAUUAAUGUUAAAAAAAAUAAUUCAUUUGUAUCAGCAGUUUUAUGUGCCAUUAAAAAUGCAGCACAACAACCAUUUUUACGUCAACAAAAUAAUAAUAAAAAAUUGCUAUUUCAUGAAUUAAGUAUGGAAUCAUCAACUGAUAUGUUAGAUUAUGAAACAGAACCAUGUUUAAUGAUGGAAAGUGUACUUGAAGAUGUACCAGCUAAUGAUUAUCAUACUAAAAAUAUGUUAUCUAGUUGUGAUUCAUUGAGACAUUUAAUUUAUAAUAAUAAAGAUGAUGAUGAAGAUGAUGAGAAUGAUGAGGAUAAUGAUGAUGAUACAAGUUUAAUAAAUUUAACACAUUCAUUAUUAAAUAAUAAACAACAAAAAAAUGAUUAUUGUAAUGAUAAUAAUAUUGAUAAUGAUGAUUCAAUUAGUUUUUCUGAUAAUAAUCAUUCACAUGAUAUUAAUGAUGAUAAAAAUAUAUCAACAAUUGAUUAUUGUAAUGCUGUUAAUCUUGUUGAUCAAGUCAUUGAUGUUGAUAAUUUUUUAACAAAAUUAUUAAAAGUACUUAGAAUAAUACAGCUAGAUAAUGAUACAUGUAUCAAAGAAUUACGUGAUGAAAAAUUAAUACUUGAAAGUAAAUUUGAUGAAAGAAAAAUUACAUUAAAUAAUGAUCAAAUUAUUGAUAAUUAAAUUUAAAUAUAUUUUAAUUAUAAUUCUAGUCUAGAUUUUUUUUUUCUUUAAUAUUAUUAUCAUAUUUUGACACAAUGUAUAUCGUCUAAUUUAAAAAUAAUUUUUUAAGACUGUUUUUUUUUUUUUUUUUAAUUAUUAACAAUAUUAUUGCAUAUUUUUUUUUGCAUUUUAAUUAACUUUAUAAAUUGUACAGUUAAUAUAGAAUAUUAUAAUUUUUUUUUUUCAAUAAUUAAUUUGCAUGUUAAAUAAAAUAAUUUUAAAAAACAAAU